UCUAGUGCCAGGGUGGUGGUCGCAACUCCGCUCGCUAAUUCAAGGCAAAAUUCUUGUAACUCCCCCUUGGUUUUCAGUUGAAACUUGAAAAGAUUGAUUUUUUUUCUCCUCAGGCGAGAGAAUUAAUAUAUCGGAGUUCUCGUUUCGACCAUUUCACCUGCAUGAAUAUGUCGGGCAAUAGGACGACCAGGGUUUGGCCCUGCCUUGCUCCGUGGCAGGUCGUUCUAUUUUGUGCACUCCCAUUUAUUGCGAACAUAGUACCCUACUGUUUCUCUCACACCGAUCCAAACCCACAAUCACUGAAUGCGAUGAGUGAACACCAUAGGCUAGAUAUCGAUCAUCCUCCAGAUCCAGCCGGGCAAAUGUUGCUGAAAGCUCGUUGAACCAACCUCGUAGAGGACUCUGUCAGCCCUGCAGAAAUUGAAGAAUGGGUUAAUUAAAGAACUUCCUGUGCGCAAACGUAAAUGCUGAUCGUCCUGAAUACGGCUGAGAUUGUGUAGAAACGCUCUAAGGAAAUACGCAA